AUGAAGUCCUUCGCCAUCGCCGCCGUCCUGGCGUCCACCGUCGCUGCUCUGCCCACUGGCACUAGCACCUUCAGCUGCAUUCCCGCCUCUGUGGCUCCUACGGGCUUUGCUCCUAACAUCCCCUUCUGCUCCUCAACUCCCACUGCCUCGCCCACUGCCAUCCCCAGUGCCAGCGGUCUCAGCUCUUUCGCCAGCAAACUCACCGGAAACACCGCCGGCAACACCGUUGGCAACGCCGUCCACAGUGUCUUCUCCGUCACCAGCGGAAGCAAGCAGAUGCUGGUUGAGCUUGAGCAGAGCUUCGCUCAGAAGCUCACCGGUCUGAACCUCGGCAGCGUCACUCAGUCCAUUGGUAAGGUCACGGACCUCGCCGACUCUCCUAGCCAGCUGAACACCAACGGCCUGACCUCCGGCGUCCUGACCGUUGCCACCACCGAUGGCAAGUACGCCCUUGUCCAGCUCACUUCCGAGGUUGACAGCCUUCUUUCCCCCCUUCUGUCCACCCUCGGUGGCGUUACCCAGGUCGUCGGUGGCCUCGUCGCCUCUCUGGAGGGACUUGGUGGCAAUCUGAGCAACCUCGGCGGCCUUGCCAACCUGAAGCGCGGCCCCAUCUCCGACAUUAUGAGCAUCACCGGCGAGAACGGCAACAACAUCCUCGUCAAGGUUGAGCCCACCGUCUUCGGCAUUCUCGGCGACUUGCCCCUGGGCUCCCUUCUCGGCGGCAGCUCCUCCAGCGAGUCCUCCCCUCUCGGUUCCGUCAUCGGCCAGGUCCCCGUCGCCGGUGACCUCGUCCAGCAGGCUACCUCCCUCGGUGCCGACCCCACCCAGCUGAUCGGUGUCCUCAGCCAGGACGGCUCCUCUGCUCUUCUCGUCAAGGCCGAGGGCACUGCCACCGGCCUCCUCUCCACCCUCGGCCUCUCCAGCCUGGGCCAGACCGUCGGCAGCGUCGUUUCCUCCACUUCCCUGUAA